ACGCUCUGCACGAAGGUGCACCCGGCAGCGCGAUGACCAUCGACAGUGUUGAAAUCGGUGCGUGAAAUCAUUUCACGAGCUUUCAACGAACGCUACCCCUGCCAGUCAUACCAUACCCAGCCGUUCCCCCAGCUGCAGUAGACAACGUCAGACGAGCUCACCAUCAUGCAACCUUCAAGGCGACCCGCCGUCCGCAGAUGCAAGCACGAAGACCACCACCGGAAGCGUACCACGUCUCCGAUAUCCUCGCCCCACCGCCAUGAGGCAUCACCAAGACCCACGGAACGACCCGGUUUCGUUCCCACCCUUUCCCACCUCACAUACACGCUACCAAGCAUUGAAGACUUCAACGCCCCGCGUCCCCUUACAGCCUGCCCCACAACAGCAGUUCUUCCUGUCGCCUGCCAAGCACAUCCACGUGCUGUCCACCCCUCUGCAGCAGUUCCACCAGCUGUCCUCCCCCCAGCAGCAGUUCCACCUGCUGUCCAGUCCGCCGCAGCACUUCCACUUACUACCCAGCCAGCAACAGCAGCAGCAGCAGCAGCAGCAGCUGGUCCACCGCCUCGAGAUCCCAGAUAUGCUCUUACGUGGACACAGGUGAUGGUCUGCCCGAUCGCUUCCCUAGCAGUCCUAGCACUUGCUGCUGUCCUUGUCUACACAAACCCGGUGCUGCUGAAAAUGUCCGAUACGCACGUUACCGCGGCGCCCGUCAACGCCGCACCAAUGUGGUCUGCAUGUAGCAGUUCCUCUUGCAGACGACACGGAGAGUGGAUUCAGAAGCAACUCGCUUGGGGUCGCUCUGAUCCUUGCGCCAGCUUCUCAGAGUUCGUUUGCCCCCAAGGUUCGAAAUCUGGACUAGAUGACCCUGUCGAGUCUCUAGAACGACCUUUGCUUGCCCACUUAAAAUCAGCUCAGUCGCCAGCACCUCUGCGGACCCUUUUUAUGUCAUGCCUCGACGAAGCCACUAUACGUCACAGUGGCUGGGCGCCGUUGCGUGAACAACUUCUGCCAGAUUUAGGCCUAGCUGGUUUUCCGUACCGUAGCGCGCCGGGAAGCAUCCAAACUGUCUGGCGUGCUGCAGGACGUGCGUUACGCAUCGCAGGAACCUCCGCGAUAUUGGCAGCCGACGUCUUGGGUGUACGACUGGUCUUGAGCCCUCCGCAGGUCGCUUUCAAGAACGUCACUGUCCGUAACGAGUACCAGGUCGCUCGCGCUUGCAUGGCGCCGUUCAAGAGCCGCGGUACAGCGCUGGCGUUGGAACUGACGCAAUUUUCAUUACGGCUCGACCUGUUGGCGUCGGAGGCUGCCGACGACGUUAGGAUUGUGCACCUGGACACGGGAGGACUGAAGGAAGGACCGCGGGCUUUUCUGGCGCAGCUGCCCGGGAACUGGUCGUCAGCAAGUGUUAGAGCACCAUCAUACCUAAGGACUGUCCGAGGCUUCAUUCGGAGACGCAUAUCUACCGCGCUCAACUUCAUUGCCUGUAGAGUUAUAUGGAAAACUGCUGCGUUUUUACCAUCGAAGGCUCUGCAGGGACAAGGGCCACGUUGGCGAAUAUGUCUACGAGCUGUGGAGCAAGCGUCGCCAAUUUUGUUCCUCCACAGCGCCCUGGCCCUCGUAUCCGACGAAGAACGCCUCCGAGCCAGCCAGCUCGCCCGUGACGUUCGUGACGUCCUCGCUAGUCGCAUACGGUCUGCUGCCUUCCUCGACGCGGAAACCGCGCGCGUUGUACACUUCGCAUUAUCCAACCUAAGACUACAGAUAUUUUCAUCCAUGUGGCUGCUCCCCGGCACGUCUGACGCGCGGGCAUUCCUCGAAGGUCUAAGCGUAGAGACGGGAGCGCUACGAAUGUUCGCCAUCCUAGCAUCGCACGAAAUGUCGUGGAGGCUUCGACGUGAUGGCUCGCCAAUCUCCAGAACUAUUGUGUCCGCGCUGGAGUCGACAUGCAAGCUACGACAGGGUGUCCUCUGGAUUCCGCUAGCACUCUGGAAUGCAUCUAUGUCGCGUGUCUCGCUACAGGACCCACUACAGGUCCCGGUUACCGGUGUACGUCUCGCGGAUUGCUUGUCCAAGGCACUCCUCCGGGACACUGUGGGGCUGGUGUCUUGGAGCGAGACAGGAAAAACUAGGUUGGAGAAGGCGAGAAGGUGUAUGGGACCAGCUGGCGCGUUUGAGGAGGCCAUGACCUUGCGCCCGUUGCUGGAGCUGUUCAGGCGCCGGAACACGGGAAACCUUCGCUUGGCCAGUGCUCCAGACCUGGCGUCCGACCACUUGUUCUUCGUCUACUGGGCCAUCACGCACUGUCGAGACCUCCCUCCACGCGUCAUCGAUGUCAUCCUCGCGAACGACCCAAACUUUCACGAGGUCUUCGCGUGUGGUCCCCACGACAAGAUGAGAAGGGUUCACCGGUGUCUCAUUUGGGGAGGCACCAGCGGCGCGAGCCAUAAUCCAUAGCUUGGACGCUAGCGUUCAUAAAUACGCGCUGUAUAUGCUUGUAACAAACCCCACCUCAGCUUAUUUGGGAUAAUCUUAAUACGGGGCAUAAAAAAUAUUCUAGGCGAA